AUGAAGGAAAUGUCAAACAAGCAAAUGCCAACUGUAUUAAUUGGACAAACCGUCAAGGUUAAAAUUCCGGAAGUCGAUCGAAGUAAAGUUGAUGCCCGCACAUUACUGGCUGUGGUGUUAAAAGUUGUGGAUGGAGAAUUUUAUCGCCUGGGUACAAAAGCAGGAAUACUCUCUCAACUUUUCACUCGGAAUCAGUUCACCUUAUGCGAAGACAUUUUUUUAAAAUCGGCAAUAAUUCCAGAGAAUGAAAUUGGUAUUCGUCAAGCAGUAUUGCAACUGUCUUUGACUGGCGGACAAGGGUUAAUAAGGUGUGACUGUUUGAAGAAAUGUAUAACAAAUCGUUGUAAGUGUCGAGCCAAAAAUGUAUUGUGCAAUUCAAGAUGUCACAGUAGCCAAGCCUGCACAAACAAAUAA